AUGCCCACGCUCUUUUCGCUCGACACCCGCGACCGCACCCCCAGCCAGACCACGACUUUCGCCUUCCAGCAGCGCCUCCUUCUCUGCCUCGCCGUCGUCCUCGCCGCCGUCCUCGCGUCCUUUGGCGUGGCGCGGCUAAUCGACUAUGCGACGCGUGGCCGACCCGUCGUGGAGUUGGAGCAGGAGAAGCGAGACGCUGAGAAUACGCUCGCCAAGGAGACCGCCGCCCUCGCCGCACCGCGCAGACGCCCCGCCAAACGCACGUCGUCCCCCAGCGCCCGCUGCUCCACGUUCUUCGCCCGGCGGACGACCAUGUGCUUCAAGCCCGUCGCGCCCUUCUAUGCCACGCAGUACACCGACGCGCACCUCGAAUGCCCGGUCCGCGAACCCGUCAGCUACAUCCAGUCCUCGCCGACCCUGCACCACAUCACCGCCCAGCGUCUGUAUGCCGCGAAACACGCCCAUCGCAGCAAGAAAGCCAGCCCUGCUCCUGUCGAUGCCAACGCCGACCCUUGCACAUCUCCGUUGCGCAACGUGCUGCUCGUAGCCGAAGACUUCGAAGUCGACGUCACCGACCAGGCGAAGGCGGUGCUGGAGUCGCAGAAGGAGGCGAAUCUGAAGCUCCUCCGAGUGUCUGUCAAGAAUGCCCUCAAGAAGAUCGCUCUGGCGCAGGCUCAUGGUCCGCAACCGACUACCUCUCCGCUGAGUAGCAGCAACCACAACAACAACAACAACAACAACAACAACAACGCAAUUUCUCUCGCUCGUUCUACGCGGUCCAGUCUCUCGUUGAUAUCCGACACCAACAAGUCCUAUGGAAGUAAAGGCAGGAAUAGACGGCGUGGCUUUUCUUUGGAGGGUGGGAAGGAGAAUGUGCCGGCGAGGGGUUUGGUGUGA